AUGUUUCAAGUAUUAGCGAAUCGUAAAGAAAUUUCAUGUGGUCUUACAGUAGUGAACAGAUUUGGUGCACGUUCAACAAUUCCUGAUGAAAUUCGUCAUGCAUCAAUAAUCAUAUUUUUAAAUUUUAUUAAAUGUAAUGGACCGUCACUUGAUACAUUAUCAUCAACAGCAAAUAAAAUAUCAAUUCGUGAUCGUAAUCAUAUAAAAGAACAUGCUGUUGAUUUAAUGAUACGAUCACCUGAACAUAUCCAAUAA